UGCUAAAUUUCAGGGACAACUGUUGAAUGGUUGGCAUCGCCACUGACAUGAGCAUACUUGUUUUGUUCAGUCUGUUCGUCUCUCUUGCCUGCCUCUCCGCUACACAUGGCAGACUCGACCGUGUUUACAAAGAUGAACUCCUCAGCUCAGCCCAGCAGGAAAAAGAAUGGUUGGUUUCCAUCAGGAGGCAGAUCCAUGAGAACCCUGAACUUGGCUUCCAAGAACACAACACCAGCGCUCUUAUCCGCCAACACCUUGACCAGCUCGGUAUCCCUUAUUCUUACCCCUUUGCCAAGACUGGUAUUGUCGCCCAAAUCGGCUCCGGUUCUAAACCAAUCGUUGCUCUACGUGCCGACAUGGACGCGCUUCCCCUUCAGGAGCUUGUGGAAUGGGAACAUAGGAGCAAAAUAGAUGGCAAAAUGCACGGAUGUGGCCACGAUGCUCACACCACUAUGCUUCUUGGUGCUGCCAAGUUGCUUAACCAACGCAAAGAUAAGCUUAAGGGAACGGUCAGACUACUCUUCCAACCUGCAGAAGAAGCGCGUGCCGGUGCAUCUCACAUGAUAAAGGAAGGAGCUUUAGGUGAUUCUGAAGCAAUAUUUGGAAUGCACGUUGAUUUCACAAUUCUGACAGGAAGCAUAGGGCUGCUUUCAGGACCACUCUUAGCUGCAACAUCUAUCUUUGAAGCCAAAAUUGAAGGAGUAGGAGGGCAUGCCGCGGGGCCUCAUUCAGCCGUAGAUCCGAUACUUGCCGCAUCCUUUGUAAUUUUGGCAUUGCAACAGCUAACCUCUAGAGAAACUGAUCCUCUCCACAGUCAAGUGUUGUCAAUUACUUACAUCAGAGGUGGAUCAGCAUUCAAUGUGAUCCCAUCGUAUGUUGAAUUUGGGGGCUCUUUGAGGAGUCUCACCACUGAGGGAUUGUAUAAACUACAACAAAGGAUGAAAGAGGUCAUUAAAGGGCAAGCAGCUGUACACCGAUGUAAUGCUUUUAUCGACAUGAAAGAAGAAGAGCACCCGAUCUAUCCUGCUGUCAUAAAUGAUGAUGGCUUGCAUCAGCAUGCUGAGAAGGUUAGUAGCCUUUUGUUUGGUCCUGAGAAUGUCAAAAAGAGCAAAAAAGUUAUGGCAGGAGAGGACUUUGCCUUCUAUCAAGAAAAAAUACCUGGAUACAUGUCACACGUUGGAAUUAGGAAUGAGAAACUCGGCUCAAUUCAUGUACCACAUUCCCCAUGUUUCUUUCUGGACGAAGAUGUCCUUCCUAUUGGUGCAGCCUUGAAUACUGCCCUUGCAGAACUAUACCUGAAUGAACACGAACAUUCUGUUUUAGAUGAAGCCUUUUAAGGGAUUCGACUGUAAUGAUAAGUUCCUGUUAUACCGAUAUACUUCUCUUGUUUUUAUAUGCCGUGA